AUGAUUGCAUUGACAUGUAAAUGUAGUUAAACAAAAUUAGUUUAAGAAUAAAUUAAACUUGGAAGCUAUGUUUAAAUUCAUGAUCUAGAAAAAUUGAAUUCAAUAGAGUUCACAAAUCUAAAUUGUGACUAAGACUUACUUAAAUUGCAGCAAUCCUUACAAACAUGGAUUGAAAUAUUCAAAAAUAAAGAUUAUUUAGAUGAUGAUGUGAAUAAUCUAUCAGCAUUAAAACUCGUUAUUGAAAAUAUAAAAAACAAUCACAAUCCUGAAUUGACAAGUAUAUAAUACUUAUUAAUACAGGACUCUUCCAAUACAAAUAAUCUUAUGUUGAACUAGUCAAUUCAAUCAGUUUAAAUGAACUAACAGCAUUUGAUUAAUGGAGACAAGAAGGACCAUAAAAGCUAAUUUAAUCAAUCAAUCUCAUUGAACAAGCUUAAUCAUUCUCAGAUAUCCUAGAGUAUUGUACUCAAAUUGAUUAAAUGAUUAAUCUUCUUAUUAAUGAAAGAGAAGAAUUAAAACAAGAACUUAAUACAUAACAAGUAACUAUUAUACAAUCAAUUAUAGAUGGUAGUAGAUAAAUUAGAACAAAAAUCAAAGGAAGUUUAAUAAGCACUUGAAUAAUGCAAAUUACAAUAAUAGCCUUAAUCUUCAAUCAAAUAACCUGAAAUUUAAUAACCAAUUACAAUUGAAGAUAAUGGAUUAAUACAUGAGUCAUCUGUUGAUCAAGAGAAACCAGUAUUUGAAAAUACUAUAGAAAAAGAAUAAGAAUUUAUAGAAUAUGGAUAUGGAUAUUGGUUAAGAUUUUUGACUUUAUAUCCAAAAAGAUUAGAAAAUGGAAAGGAUGCUCCAUGGUAUUUUUUAAGUAGAUUAACAUCUAAUAAAAAUUAUUAAAAUAUAGCAAUGAAUGAUAGAUUAUUGGCAAUAUGGUUAGGAUAAGGAUUCUAUCAUUUUACUACAUGUGAUGAAGUUUAAAAUUAACCAAAUAUAGUAUAAAAUGUUAAUCAUCAUGAUGAUAUUGAUGGAUAAUGGACAUAUAUUUAUUAUUCAUAUAAUUCUAUUUCAAAAUAAGCAAUUGGAAUUAUUAAAUUUGGAUAAGAAUAACCAUAAUAAAUUACUCAUAAUGUAUUACAUACAAAGUCUAAAUACUUAAGAUUUUUAGUAGGUGGCAAAGACAAUAAUUAAUAUCCUGGAUUUAAUGGUUAAUUUUCAUCAAUAUUCUUAUCAACUAAUUCUGGUGUUUUUAUUCCUACUCUUGAUAAAUUUAAUAAUUUAUUUAAAACAGUUAAAUAACCUUCAUAGGAUUUCGAAUCUAUAUUUAGAGUUCAAUUAAUAGAUUAAGAAAUUACUAGAAAUCCUAUAAUUGAAGGAGAUUAUAUGGCAGUUGGAGGUGGAUCCAAGAAAUUCCCUUUAGAAUAUUCUAUUAGUGGUUGGUUUAAAUGGGAAGAGAUUGUUUAAUAAGUUUGGCAUUCAGUUUUUAGAGUAUAAAUUAACAAACCAUCAACUGAUAAGUUUCUAGGAGAUAGAACAUUAUGUAUGUUUAUAGGAACAGCAUAAGGAGGAAUAUUCCAUUUUCCUACUUAUUCAUAUUAAAAUAUGAAGGGAGAGGGAACUUCUAAUUUAGUCAAUAAUAUUCAUCACAAAAAUAAACAUAUUGAAUGGUUUUUUGUAUAUUUUGGUUAUUCUAAAAAAUAAAAAAAAGCAUUUGUAUAAGUUAGAUUGUCAUCUGGUAUUGAAACUUUAGAAUAUAAUGAUGUUAAUCAUUAUUAUACACCUUAAUUUUAUACUUAUGUUGGUAAAGAUGAACAUUUCCCAGGAUUUAAUGGUAAAAUUGCAUAUGUAAAUUUUGUUCUUGGAACAGGAUCCUUUAGAAAUAAACCAGAUUUCAUAAUUAAAGAUGAUUUGUUUGGUUAUGAAAUUGGAGAUACAAAUCUUAUAAAAAAAGUGUAAAAAUAAAAUGAAUAAAAAAUUACAGAUGAUGUAAAAUAAGAAGAACCUCAUUAAUAACCUGAAGAAGUGAAACCAGCAUUAUAAGAUAAUGAAGAUAGAGAAGUAUCUUUUGAAUCUACUGAACCUGUAUUUGAAAAAGAAUAUGAAGAUUGUCCAUAAAUUUAUGGAUAUGGAUUUUGGCUUAGAUUUAUGCAUACUUAUCCUAAAAGACUUUUAUAAGGUAAGAAUGCUCCUUGGUAUUUCAUUUCUAGAUUGACAUCAAAUAGAAAAUAUGAUAAUGUUUAAAUGGGUGAUAGAUUAUUAGCUAUAUGGUUGGGAUAAUCAUUUUAUCAUUUUACUACUUGUGAUUCAUAAAAGAAUUAAGCUAAUAUUAUAUCAAAUAUUGAUUAUCCUACAGAUAUUGAAGGAGUUUGGACAUACAUUCAUUAUUCUUAUAGUAAAUAAAAUUAGAUGGCAAAUUCAUUUAUAAGAUAUUCAUAAUCUGAUAUUUAAUCUACAAGUAUCUAAGCAGUACAUCCUGAUAUAAGUUAUUUGAAGUUUAUUUUUGGAGGUAAUGAUUAAAAUAGAUAUCCUGGAUUCAAUGGAUUCAUAUCUAAAAUUAUGAUUACAAUUUCAAAAGAUAACUAUUUUGAAACUAAAGAUGAAUUCAUAGCAUUUGUGUCUAAAUUAGAAUAACCUAAGGUUGAUCUCACUGAUUUAAUAACUUAUUAAUUAAUUGAAAAUGAAACAUAGCGUUAAGACUCUGAUCAAUCUUUGGAUAAAACUUUAAAUGAUAAAAAUUAGAGAUUCCCUUAAGAAUAUGCUAUUAGUGGUUGGUUUAAAUAAAUUGGAUAAUAGAGAUCAGCAUGGCACAAUAUUUUUAGAGUUUAAAUUUAAUCACCUUCAACAGAUAUUUAUUUGGGAGAUAGAACUUUAUGUAUGUGGCUAGGUUCAAUAGAAGGAGGAGUAUUACAUUUCCCAACUUAUACAUACGAUGAUACUAAUCCAAAAGGAAAUCCAAAUUAUUAUCAAAAUAUUAAACACAAUCAAAGACAUUUGGAAUGGUUUUAUGUGUAUUUUGGAUAUUAGAAAUCUACAAAAUUAGCAUAUGUUUAAGUAACCUGGCCUAAAGAUACAUAAGAUUUAUUGUAUUAAAAUAUCAAUCAUUAUUUGACUCCUUCUUUUUACAUUUUUGUUGGAAAAGAUAACUUUUAUCCAGGUCUAUCAGGAAAGUUAGCUUAUGUCUACUUCAACCUAGGGAAUGGAUCUUUUAAAAUGAAAAAUGAUAUAUCAGAUACAGUUGAAUCCUAUUUGAAAGGUAGUUAGGUAAUAAAACCAUAGAUUUAAAUUCCUUAAAAAAAAUAAUAAGAAUAACCUACUUAAGAAAUUAAAUAAGUUAAUUAAGAAGUUAAAUAAACUAAUUAAGAAAUUAAUUAAGAAGUUAAAUAAACUAAUUCAGAGAUGACAGAUUAAGAAAUUAAAUAAACUAGUUAAGAUAUUAAACAAGUUAAUUAAGAAAUUUAAUAAACUAAUUCAGAAAUUAAAUAAGUUAAUUAAGAGGUGAAAUAAUAAAAUUCAGAAAUAAAAUAAACUAGUUAAGAAGUUACUUAAGUAAACUAAGAAGUUAAAUAAACAAGUUAAUAAGUUACUUAAGUAAAUUCAGAAACUAAAUAAACAAGUUAAGAAGUUAAAUAAGUAAAUUAAGAAACUUAAUAAACUAAUUCGGAAACUAGAUAAAUUAAUUAAUAAGUUUAAUAAACUAAUUAAGAAGUUAAACAAGUCAAUUAAGAAGUUAAAUAAGUAAACUAAGAAGUUUAAUAAACUAAUUAAGAAGUUAAAUAAACUAGUUCAGAAAUUAGAUAAGUAAAUUAAGAAACUAAAUAAACAAGUUAAGAAGUUAAAUAAGUAAAUUAAGAAACUAAAUAAACUAAUUAAGAAGUUAAAUAAACUAAUUAAGAAAUUAAAUAAGUUAACUAAGAAAUUAAUUAAGUUAAAUAAUCAAAUUAAUAAAUUAAUUAAGUUAAUUAAGAAGUUAAAAAAGUUAAUUAAGAAAUAAAAUAGGUUGAAUAGUAAUAAAAUAACUAACCUACUCAUAAUGAAGCUCCUUAACCUGAAUAAACAGCUAUUAUAGGACCAGUUCCUUUUGAUAAUGAUACCAUUAUAGAAACUUAUUCAGAUACACCAGAAUUAAGACCUGGUAAGCCUAAUCAACCAGAAUAGUAAUAAUGUUAAGAGUAAAUUAAUGACAAAGAUACUCCAACUGAUAAGCCAAUAAUAAAAAAAAGUGUAGAUAAUAUUAUCUAAUAGAAAGAAUAAAGUUCAGAAGAAACUUAAACAGUCAAUUAAUAAUAAGUUAUAGAAUCUAAAGAAACCAAAGUGGAAGAAAGUUAAAAUAGUUCUGAAUAAAAAUAAGAAAUAACUGAAAGAGUAGAUCAAAAUAUUGAGUAAAGUAAAACAACUACUCAAGAAACUCAAUAAGUAAAUUAGACAACAAACAUAAAAGAUGAAAAAGUAUCACAAACUACAUCAUAAGUUAAUGAGACAAAUUAAAAUACUUAAUAGGUGAAUGAAACUACUUCCUAAACUAAUUAAAUAAAUUAAUAAACAAAUGAUGUAACAUAAAUUACAAAUAAAUAAACCUAAUAAACUAAUGAGACCAUUUAAUAAAAUAAUAAAACAAUUUAAUAAACGAAUGAGACUGUUUAAUAAAAUAAUAAAACAAUAUAAGAAACUAAUGAGACCAUUUAAUAAAAUAAUUAAACUGUUUAAUAAACUAAUGAAACUGUUUAAUAAAUUAAUAAAACAGUAUAAGAAACUCAUGAAAAUACUUAAUAAAUUAAUUAAAGUAAUAAAUAAAUAACUGAAUAAACUGAAGAAUCUACUUAAAAAACUUAAUAAGUUAAUGAAACUACUUAAAAAAUAAAUGAAACAUCAAAAGAAUAAGUAAAGACGGUUGAAUAAACAAUAGAAUAAUAAAAUCAAUAAGUAGUGUAAUCCUCAGAAGAAACAUAAUAAUCAAUAAAAUAAGAAUAACAUGAUUACAAAAUUAUUGAUCAUAAAAAUGAUGAUACUAGUGAUUAAUAAACUAUAGACAUGCCCAUUUAAGAGGAUGAUUUAUGUGUUUAAAAUUAAGAUGAAGAAUUAGAAGAUGUUUAAGAAAUUAAGAUUAUACCAGGAUAAACUUAUGAAAAUUAAAUAUCAAAUGAUAUAGAAGGAAAAAAUCCAAUAGUUGACUAAGGAAUAACUGUUGCAAAUAAUUAUCAAGAAUAUGGUUAUGGUUUUUGGAUGAGAUACUUAACAUUAUAUCCUAAAGAGCUAAUUAAAGGGAAAGAUGCUCCUUGGUAUUUCAUAAGUAGAUUGACAAGAAAUAAAAAUUAUGAAAAUAUGAAGAUGGGUGAUAGAGUAUUAGCAAUAUGGUAAGGAGCAGGAUUUUAUCAUUUUACUACAUAUGAUAUAGAGGGAUUAAAACCUAAUGUAUUAUUGAAUGUUGAUUAUCCAAAUGAUAUAGAAGGUGUUUGGACAUAUAUUUAUUAUUCAUACAGUGCAGAACUUGAGUAAGCUGUUGGACAUAUUAAAUUUGGAAAUUAAAAGUUUUCAACAAUUAAGUAAAAUGUAAAACAUGCUCCAACAAUAUAUUUGAGAUUUAUUUUAGGAGGAAGUGAUUAGAAUAGAUUUCCAAGUUUUAAUGGAAUCUUCACUAAAAUAACAUUUGGUAUAAAAAUGGGAACAUUUCUUUAGACAUCAGAAUAGUUGAUAAUGAAAUUAAAUAUUCAUGAUGCACCUUAAUAAAUUGUGGAAUAAGUUCAGAGUUUUAGAAUUGUAGAAAAUGAGGAAGCACGAACAUCAGAGAAUAUAUAUGAAUACAAAGAAAUAAAGAAUAAGAAAGUUAAGUUUCCUACAGAGUAUGCUUUGAGUGGAUGGUUCAAAUGGUCUACAUUAAUGGAGAAGGAAUGGCAUAAUUUAUUCAGAAUAUAGAUUCGAAAGGAAUCAACAGAUAGUUUUUUGGGAGACAGAACAUUAUCAUGUUGGAUUGGAAAGACUUAAGGAGGUGUUUAUUAAUUCCCAACUUAUACUUAUACUAAUAUGAUUGGUAAUGGAAAUGCAAACUUAUAUAAAAAUAUAAAUUUAAAGGAUAGACAUACAAAAUGGCAUUUCAUAUAUUUUGGAUAUUCAAAGAUCAAGAGUUAAGCUAAUGUUUAUGUGAAAUGGUAGGAAGAUGAAGAUUAAUUAAUAUAUGAGAAUGUAAAUCAUUAUUAUGUAAAGAAAUUAUAUGCAUAUGUUGGAAAGGAUAAGUUUUAUCCAGGAUUGAAUGGUAAAAUGGCAUAUGUAGUUGUUAAUUUUGGAAUGGGUUCUUAUAAAAAUCAAAAACAAUUUGAUGAAGAGAUUUUCAAUUUCAAUUUAGGUAUUAAGGAAUUGAUUAAAACUACUUAAGAUGUUUAAUUUUAACCAAUAAUAAGAUAAGAAAAAAUAGAGUAGAGUGGUUUUGAUUCAGAUUAGCCUAGUUUUGAAUAGGUUGAAGAUGGUGAGAAACCAUUUAUAUAAUAUGGUUAUGGUUAUUGGAUGAGAUUUUUAACACUUUAUCCAAAAAAAUUAUAAAAUGGUAAAACUGCUCCUUGGUAUUUUGUUUCAAGAAUGACAUGGAAUCAAAAUUAUAAUGAUAUUAAUAUGGGUGAUAGAGCAUUAGCAAUAUUCUUAGGUAAAGGAUUCUAUUCAUUUUCUACUUGUAAUUUGAUAACAAAGAAUACAAAUUAAGAAUAGAGACUUACACAUCCAGAUGAUAUCGAAGGGGUCUGGACAUUUGUUUAUUAUUCAUAUAGUAAAGAAUUAGGAAAGGCUGUUGGUUUUAUAAGAUUUGGAAAUGAUAAAUUUUAGUAGAUAUAGCAUACAUAGGUUACACAUUAAGAUACUAAAUAUUUAAAAUUAAUAGUAGGUGGAACAGAUAAAAGAAGAUAUCCUGGAUUUAAUGGUUAAUUUUCUAAGAUAUCAUUCUCUUCUAAAGAUGGUUCUUUUGUAGAUUAAGAGAAGAUAUUGAAAUCUUAUACAUUAGAGAGAAGAGUUUAAAAAAUUAUAACUAUGAAUGUAUUGGGAGAUUAAUAAUAAAGGAAAGCAGAUGAGGAAGGAGUAUUUGCUUAAAGUGAUAAGGUAGAUUUACCAACAGAAUAUGCUAUUAGUGGUUGGUUUAAAUGGUUAUUGAUAGACAAAUAAGAACCUUUACAUAGUAUGUUCAAAGUGACAAUCAGAAAUCCUUCAGAUGAUUAAUUAGGAGAUAAAACAUUAGUGGGAUAUAUAGGAACAAAUAAUAUAUAGUUUUCUACUUAUAGUUUUGAGAAUAUGGAAGGAGAUGGUAAUAAAGAUAUACAAAGAAAAAUUGAACAUAAGAAUAGACAUUAUAGAUGGUUCUUUGUAUAUUUUGGAUAUUAACAUGAAAAAUCAACUUGUCAUGUUCAUAUUUAAUGGUCAGAUGAAAUGUCAUAGUAAGGAUUCACACAUAUUAAUCAUUAUUUGACUAAUCAAUUUUUCAUUUAUAUUGGUAAAGAACCUCUUGUUUCUGGAUUUAAUGGUUUGAUUACAUAGGUUAAAUUCAAUAUGGGUGAAGGAGCAUAUAAAUAAAGUACUGAUUAUAAAGAUUAGGAUAAUAUAUUUGGUUUUGAUUUAUAAUCUAUUAAGAAAGAAAUUAAGACAUUUGAUAUAACAAAAUCAAAGGAGAAAAUUAUGAUAGAUUCAAAUAGUGAUGAGGAAUCUAAUUAUAUGAAAGUAUUUAAUAAAGAAGAAUUGGAUGAAGUUUUUGAAUAUGGAUAUGGAUUUUGGUUAAGAUAUCUUAGGAAUUAUCCAAAAGUAUAAAUUGAAGGUUUAAAAGUUGAUUGGAGUUUUAUUAGUAGAUUAAGCAAAAAUGAUGUUUUAUAAGAUGUUACAUUAGGUGAUAGAACACUGGCAAUUUGGUUAGGUAAAGGAUUCUAUCAUUUUACUACAUAUAAUUAAUAAUUCUCUAAUAUUUUCAAUAAUGUGAAUCAUCCUUCUGAUAUUGAAGGUUUAUGGACAUUUAUACAUUAUUCACAUAAUCUUAAUAAAGAAUAAAGUGUAUCUUAUAUAUAAUUUGGUAAUGAUAAACCAAUAAGAUCUGCUUAAUAAUGUGUUCAUGUGAUUCCAUCUAUUUUGAAGUUCUAUUUGGGAGGUAGACACUUGACUUAUAAAGGAUUUAAUGGAUAGAUAAGUGGAGCUUAUGUUAGUGUGAAUAAAGGAAUUUAUAUUGAUAAUGAGGAAAAGUUUUAAGAUCUAUUAAAAUCUAUACCUUAACCUACAACAUAUAGAGUAGAAUUGAUAUAAAAUGUAUUAUUGGAGAAAAAUACAAGAUUUGAAAUGAAUUCAGAAGCAAAAUAAUUUGAAUUUGAAAAUUAGAAAUUUAGUGGAGAAUAUUCUUGGAGUGGUUGGUUUAAAUGGUCUAGUGUUAUUUAAAAUGCAUGGCAUUUAGCUGUAAGAUUGUCUACACUAGAAAAUUAUGAAAACAAAAAUAGUUUGGGAGACAGAACAUUAUGUUUAUGGAUUGGAUAACAAGCAGGUGGAAUAUUGUAUUUCUCUACAUAUACUUAUACAGAUUUAUAUGGUUCUGGAAAUGCAAAUAGUGUUUAAAAUAUUUAAUAUAAGGAUGAUAUUGCUAAAUGGCAUUUUAUAUAUUUUGGAUAUUCAAGAGUUUAAUAAUUAGCUUAUGGUAAAGUUGAGUUUGGAUUUAGAAAAGAAUAAGUAAAUUUUGAGAAUCAUCAUCAUUAUUUACCUAAUAAAUUCUUUUUAUCUGUAGGCAAAGAUAAAUGGCAUGAUCCUUAUUUAGGUAGUAUAGCUUAUUUGAGAUUCUAAUCAGGAGAAGGAGCAUUUUAUUAAGGAGAAUUCAAAGAUGCUAAAGAUGAUUUAUUUGCUAAUAAAUUGGGAUCAAUGGAAUUAUUAAAAUCUAAAUUAAAAUUCGAUGUUGAUAAAGAUGCUACCACAAAGAUGUUUGCAUCUCCAUAAGUAGAUUAAAAGGAACCAAUAUUCUCUAAGAUAUUUAAUGAAGAAGAAUUGGAGAAUGUUUCUGAAUAUGGAUAUGGAUUCUGGUGUAGAUUUCUUACUAGAUAUCCAACUUAAUUAAUUGAGGGAUUAAAAGCAGAUUGGUCAUUCAUAUCAAGAUUAACUAAAAAUUAAAAUAAGGGAGAUAUGAAUUAUGGAGAUAGAACUUUGGCUAUAUGGUUAGGUAAAGGGUUCUAUCAUUUCACAACAUAUUCACAUAAAUAUGCUAAUAUAGUUCAUAAUAUUGAUCAUCCAGUAGAUAUUGAAGGAUUAUGGACAUUUAUUUAUUAUUCACAUAAUCUAUACAAAAAAGAAAGUGUGGCUAUGAUUAAAUUUGGAGAAGGUAAAGUAAUAAAGGGAGUUAUUCCAGCUAUUCAUUAAAGUCCAACCUUCUUGUAAUUAUACAUAGGUGGCAAUAAUAUGAAAUAUGCUGCCUAUAAUGGAUAGUUUGCAGGUAUAUUGUUUUCAAUUGGAGAAGGAAUAUUCUUAUCUGAUGAGACAGCUUUGGAAAAAUUGUUAGAUAAAUUGAAAAAACCUAAUGAUUAUAGUUUGAAAUUAUAGACUAAGGAUAUGAUUACAAAACCUAAGUAAUCUUUUGUUGCUUAGGAAAUAGUAUUUGAUGAUGUUCCAUUAGUUGGAUAAUAUUCUUGGAGUGGUUGGUUUAAAUGGAAAUAAAUGGGAUAAUAAUUCCCUUGGUAUUUAAUGGUUAGAUUAGCAAUAAUUAGAAAUACAAGUGAUAUCAAAUUAUUGGGAGAUAGAACUUUAAUGGCAUUUAUGGGUCAAGGUUAUAUUCACUUUACUACAUAUACAUAUAAAAAUAUUUAUGGAGAAGGAACACCAAAUAUUUGGUAGAAUAUAAAUCAUGAUGGAGAACAUAUUUAAUGGCAUUUUGUAUAUUUUGGUUAUUCAAGAGCUUAAAGACUGGCUUAUGCAAAGGUACAUUUUGAUGAUAGAAUUGAAUCUGUUUCAUUUAAAGAUACUAAUCAUUUCAUUCCAAAUGUAUUUGCUUUAACAAUAGGAAAAGAUAAAUGGUUUAAUUAAUAUAAUGGAGAUAUUGGAUACUUCAAAUUUAAUGCAGGAGAAGGUGCUUUCUAAACGGAAAAUUAUGAAAAAGUAUAAAAUGAUAUAUUUGCAUUCAAAAUUGGAAGGUUAUCUACUAUCAAUCCUAAUAAACCUCUUCCAGAAGAAAUUAGAAAACAUGAAUAUUUUGACAAUUCUUUAGAGAGUGAAACAGUUUAUUCAUUUGAGAUAUCAAAAGAUAUUUAUGAAUAAUCUUUAAAUUCACAUGUGCCUGAAAUUAUAGGAGGACAAGGAGAGAUUACUUAAAGUGAUGAAUAAAUUGAAGAAGAGAAAAAAGCAAUUGAAAAAUAAGAAUAAGACUUGAAAAAAGAAGCUGAAAAAUUUAAGAAUGAAAAAUCAGUUGGAAUCAUAGAUGGUCAUUAUUAGUUUCCUGAUUAGGAUAAACAAAGAGUAAUAUCUGAUGAACCAGUUGAUAUUGUUAAACCUAUUUAAGAAUAACCAAAUAAAGAUGGAGAUUAACCAAAAUAAUAAUAAUAAUAAUAAUAAUAAUAAUAAUAAUAAUAAUAACAAUAAUCAGAUUGGGAUGGAUUAAGAUUCUAUGGAUAUGGAUUUUAUUUGAGAUAUCUUACAAUGUAUCCACAACAAUUAAGAGAUGGUAAAAGCGCUCCUUAUUAUUUCAUUUCAAGAUUAACUUGGAAUCCUUAACCAUAAGAUAUUGGUAUGGGAGAUAGAGUGUUAAGUAUCUUUUAAGGAUAAGGAUCAUAUAGUUUCCAUACUCUAGAUAAACCAUCAAAUAAUCCUAAUUUAAGAACAAUUAUACCUUAUGGUGAUAUUGAAGGAGUUUGGACAUUUGUAUAUUUUAGUUAUUCUCAAGUAGAUAAAAAGGCUGUAGCAUUUAUUAAGUAUGAUGAAAAUGCUGAAAUAUACAGAAGGGAUAUUGUUUGUAAUCAUGGAGAUGUUGAGUAUUUAAAAUUAAUGAUUGGUGGAAAAUAAGGUAUUUAUUAAGGAUUUAAUGGUUAAAUUGCUAAUUAUGCUUUUAAAUAUGGUAAAGGAGCAUAUAUAAAUGAUUUUGAAUUGUACAAGAGAGUUUUAUCAAAUAGAAUUCCUCAUCCUUUUGCUGAUGAUUAUAAAUUCAAUUAAAUUAAAAUUAUUGAAGCUUCAGCUGGUUUCAAAGGAGAUGAAUAAACUGAUAGUAUUAAAGAAAUAGAGAGUCAUUUCUAAAAUGAAUAUGCUAUAAGUGGAUGGUUAAGAUGGGAUUAACCUAUUGGAGCUCCAUUCUUUGCUAUCUUUAGAUUAAGUGGAUAUAAAGUAGAAGAUAAUAAUGAUUCUAAAUUAGGAGAUAGAGAUAUGAUGCUAUUUAAACAUACUUCAUAUUACUUAUUCUAAUCAUAUAAUUAUCACAAUUUAAAUGGAGGAGGAGAUUUUGCAAUUAAUUGGUAAGUGAAUCAUCAAGAAUGGGAUCAAUUUUGGCACUUUUUUUAUAUUGGUUAUAAACGAGAAAGCAAACAACUCUAUUAUUAUGUCUCAUUUAUUGAUGAUGAAUUUGAUUAAGUACAUAAUAAUAUCCAUCAUUUCAUUGUUCAUAAACAUUAUCUCCAAUUUGGUAGAGACUAUAGUAAAUUCUAUAGUAAACAUAGAGGAUUUACAGGAUAAGCUACUUAAGUCAUCUUAAGUUAUGGUAAGGGAUCUUUCCAAACCAAACCCUUUAAUAAUGAUAUCUUCUUGUAUAUGAAAGGAGUCAAAGAACUAUUUUCAUCUUUGGAAUUAAUCACAAAGGAAAGUGAUCGAAAUAAAUUGUUAAUUGCAGAUGCUAAUAAACAAGGUACACUUAUGGAUCUUGAAAUUAAUGAUGGAGCAGAUUAUAAUAUUAGAGGAUUGAAUGAAUAUGGAUGGGCUUUAUGGUGUAGAUGGUCUAGGACAUUAACUAAACCUAUUUAAUUUAAAGAUGCUUGGUACUCACUUGCAAGAAUUGCCAAUAGAAAAGGACAUCAAGAUUUAGCAGUUCCAGGUGAUAGAACCUUGGCAACAUGGAUAGGCAUGGGAUUCUAUCUUUUUAGUACAUAUACUAGAGGAGUCUUACAAUUAACAGAAUCAAUUCCUUAUGGAAAAUUUGAAGGAUAAUGGAAUUUUGUUGUUUUUGCCUAUCGUAAAAAUAUAGCUAAGGCUAGUGUCUUAUUUGGAUAAGAUUCAACAAUUAUAGAGAAAGAAUUUAAAGUGAAGCAUAAUUUAAUUAAAGAUUAUUUAAGAUUUAUUGUUGGAUCAGAAUUUAACUAUAAAUUCUUUAAUGGAAAUUUAGUAAAUAUCUAGCUUAGAUUGGGUAGUGGAGCUUAUCUAAGUAAGGAGGAAAUUUUAAUAAUUGCUAAUGGAGAAUUAGGAUUGCCUGCAGAAUCAAAAUAUGAUUAGAGUAGAAAAACAAUAGAGAUUGUUAAAGAAAGAAUUCCUAAUUCUGGUUAAGGAAGAGAAUUUGAUAUUAAAGAAGAAAUUGCUUAAGGUAAAUUAGAAUAUUCAAUAUCUGGAUGGGCUAAAUGGGUAGAUAUACCAGCUAUAUAGCCUUGGUAUGUUUUAUAUCGUGUCUCAUAUUAUGAUUAUAAUGAGUUAUUAAAUAUGCAAAUACCAGGAUCAAGAAUCUUUUCAUGUCAUAAAGGUUAUGGAUUCUAUCAUUUUAAUACAUAUACAGUUGAUUAAGAGAAUGGAGGAGCAUGGUAAAUUGUGAAGAAUGUUGAUUAUGAUUAAACCUUACAUAAAAAUUGGGUAUUUUUCUAUUAAGGAUAUUCACAUUAAAAACAAUAAGUUCAUCUUUAUGUAAAAUAUCCAGGAUAAGAAGAACAUUAUACAUUUACUAAAAUUAAUCAUUUUAUUGCUUAAAGAUUUAAAGUUCAUUUUCUAUUGGAUAGAUGGAAUCCAGGUUUUAAUGGAUAUAUUGAAAGUUGGUACUUUAAUGUUGGUUCUGGAUCUUAUAAAGAGAGUGGAUAUGGUAUAGGUGAAAAUGAAGAAACUACUUUUGGAUUUGGAUUGCAUAAACCAGCUUAACCAAAGAAUUGGUAAUUUGAUGAUAAUUAUGCUUGUGGAUUUACAUAAUAAAAUGUAGGUUAAGAAGUAGAAUAUAAAGAUGAUCUACAAAUAGAUGGAUUAAUUGAAUAUGGAUAUGGUAUGUGGACUAGAUUUGCUUGGAAUACUCCAAUUAAAAUGAUUAAUAAACCAACAUGGAUGGCAUUAUCAAGAUUGACAGUUAAUCCAAACUAUUAAGGUGAUGCUGCUUAAUUAGGAGAUAGAGCUUUGGCUAUUUGGGUUGGACCAGGAUUUUAUCAUUUUACAACAUCUACAAGAGGAAAUUUCAAUGUAGUAAACAAUAUAGAAUAUAAUCAAAUGUUAGAUGGAUAAUGGAAUUAUAUUUGGUUUGGAUAUAAAAGAGUAAAUGAUAAAUAAGGUAGUGCUAUUGGAUAUGUAGUAUUUGAUGGUUAAUUAAUUAGAAAGACAAAUUUAGGUAAUAUUAUUUAACAACCUUUGAAUGACUAUUUAUAUCUAGCAGUAGGAAGUUCAGGUAGAUACUUUUUGGACAGAUAUCAUCAAUUUAAUGGUCACAUUUAAAAAGUCUCUUUAAUAUUGGGAUCUGGAGGUUUCUUUGAAACUGAAGAUUUAUUAAGAAGAUAAAUCCCAUCUAAACCAGAAUUUCUGAGAAAUUAAAAAUAAUUUACUAAGAUUGUUGUAGAUGAUGUUAAAAUUAUGAAAAGAGAAGAAUGGGUACCUGCACCUGUAGAAUUUGUUGAUGAAUUUGAUGGGGCUUAUGAAUAUUCAGUAUCAUUAUGGUUCAAAUGGACUAAAACAUAUAGAGUUGCAUGGGAAAAUGUAUUCUCCGUUUCUUAUAAUGAAUAAAAUAUAAGAGCUAAUCAUGCUAAACCUGGAGAUAGAGUCUUAUCUAUGUUUUAAUAUGCAGAUCAUAGAAUAUUCUUUAGUACUUAUACAACUCCUGGUAAUCAUGAUCAGUUUGCUCAUUUAUACACUGAAUGUCCAGUAGAUAUACCAUCAUAAUCUGAAUGGGUUUAUGGUUAUUAUGGUUAUAGUAGAAAUUAAAAUAAGGUGAUAUCAUUUUUAUAAACAAAAACAUAAAAAUGUUUAAAGGCUUUACCUUGUAUGCAUAGAGUGCCUAAAUAUAUGGGAUUAUAUGUAGGAAAAGAUGGCAUACAUACUCCAUAUAAUGGUAAAUUCAGUAAAUUAUAUUUUAUGGGACAUGCAGGAUCUUAUAUUGAAGGAAAUUUCUAAUCUUUUGAACCAUUUGCUGCUGGAGGAAUAUCAACUACAAAACCAGUCUAUUUCUGGAGUGAUUAAAAAGAGAAAUUUGAGAUAGCAUACGAUUAAAAUAAAGUAUUUGAAUUAAAACCAGAAGAAGUUGAUGAAUAAACUUCAUAUAGUAUAGGUAUGUGGACAAAAUAUUUUACUGCAAUUCCAAAAAGAUUACUUUAAAAACCAGAUUGGUUACAUAUUGCUAGAUUAACUAUAAAUCCUAAUCAUAAAAAUUAUGAAAAUAUUGGAGAUAGAACUUUGGCCAUUUUUAUUGGAAGAUAAUACUAUGCAUUCUUUACUUAUAAUUCUGCUAAUAACAAUCCAAAUAUAGUUUAAAAUAUAAGAUAUGAAGAUAAUUUAGAAGGUGAAUGGAAUUUUAUCUAUUUCUCUUAUAAUUCUGAAUUACAGUUAGCUACAGGUUUUGUAAAAUUCAGUAAACUUGAUAAGAUUUAAAGAAUUCAAUUUAGAGAUAUUUAACAUAAACCUAUUGAUAAUUAUGCAAAAUUAGUGAUUGGAAAUGAAUUUUCAUAUCAAGGAUUUAAUGGAUAAAUUGCAGGUUUAUAGUUAGGAUUUGGUAAGAGAUAUUAUGUUCAUGACACAGAUGCUCUAAAUAAAAUCAUUUUAGAAUUCUUCAAACAACCAGGUGAUGAAGAGGAUGAUAAUAGAAAAUUCAAUAUUGUUGAAGAUGUGAAAGAAAGGGUAUUCAAUAAUGGACCUGAUUAUAAAGAAAUCUUAGAUUAGAAAGGGGCUGAAGAAUAUGCCAUGUAUGGAUGGUUUAGAUAUACAAGUACUUAAUUAAAGACUCCAAAUAAUUGUAUAAUGAGAUUAACAAAUAAUGAAUAAGCAUAUAGAGGUGAAAUAAGUAGAGUUGGAGAUAGAACAUUAUUAGUUAUGUUGUAACCAGGUGAAUAUGUAUUUGCAACUUAUUCACUUGGUAAUAUAGAUAAUGGAUAAGUUGUGAAUAUUAGAAAGCCGACUCCAUAUAAAACUAAUCUUGGACUUUGGACUUAUAUAUACUUUGGUUAUCAUUUUUAAAAAAGAAAAGCUUCAGGAAUCAUCAAGUAUCCAAGCGGUUACGCUUUAGUUCCUUACGAUAAUGUUUUACAUAUGGUUCCAAACUAUUUAUUAUUCUUUUUUGGAGGAGAUGGAAUGCUUGGAGGAUGGCAUGGUUAGAUGCAAAAAGUUAAUUUAAUAUUUGGUAGAGGAGCUUAUGUAGAUUCUACAAAAGGAAAUUUCGAAGAAAAAUUGCCUAAUUUAUAAGGAGUGGAAUCUAAGCCUUUGAUUUGGGAUGGAAUAGACAAUAAAAUUAUUGAAGUACCAUUAGUUGAUAAGCCAGGAUUAGAUAUUGUAUUUAAUAAAGAUGUAAAUGGAUUCACUGAAUAUGGAUAUGGAUUAUGGACUAGAUGGUUGACUACUAUUCCAAAGAGAAUUAUAGAGAAAGCUCCAUUUCAUUAAUUGAUUAGAUUAUGUAGCACAGAAUAAUAUGAGGAUUCUGCUUAAUUAGGUAAUAGAGUUUUGGCAAUUUGGAUUGGUAAAGGUUAUUAUCAUUUCACAACAUAUAAUAAAAUUGGAAACAAGAUUUCCACUUCUUAGAAUAUUAAUUAUGAUGAUAAUUUAGAAGGAGAAUGGAAUUACAUCUAUUAUUCAUUCACUAAUAAAUAAUAAGCAAGAGCAGUUGGAUUUGUAUAUUUCAGUGAAUAAUCAGGUACAGCAAUCUCUCGAGUUGAGUUUUUAAAUUUAGAACAUGUGCCUCUUAAUGGAUAUGCUCGAAUUGUGGCUGCUAAUAAGGAGUUUGGGUAUUAGUCAUUUAAUGGAAUGAUUGCAGAUUUAUAAAUUCAUUUAGGAAAUGGAUUUAUAGGUUCUAGAGAAUAAUUGAUCAAAGAAAUUAUUCAACUUAAUCCAAGACCACCUAUGGAUAUUAAAUCUAAAACUGAUGUAAAUUUGAUAAAAGAAGAAGUCAUAAUUAAGCCUGAAGAAAAGAAAGAAAUGAAAUAUAAUUAUGAAGAAUACAAAGGAGUAAAUGAAUAUGCAGUCUCUGGUUGGUUAUAAUCAAAAGUUAUGGGUUUGACAGAAGCUUAUAAAAAUGUAUUCAGAUUAACAAUAAAUCCACCAGAUUUUUAGAGAGAUAAAUAAUAUGCAGGAGAUAGAACACUAUCAUUAUUUUAAAGUAAGACUAAGUUAGCAUUUUCAACUUAUACAUAUGGAAAAUUAGAUACAUAGGGAGAUGAUAAUAAUGAAUUUAAUAGAAUUAUCAACUCUGGAAAUAGUAAUGGUGAAUGGGUAUUUGUUUACUUUGGAUACUAAUUCAAAUCAUAAUAAGCCUUUGCAUUUACACUUUUCUUAAAUCGACAAGAUAGUGCUCAAUUUAAUAACAUUAAACAUUUUGUUCCUAAUCAAUUCUUCUUUUAUUUGAGUAAUGAUGGAUAUUAUCCAAUAUUUGAUGGUAGUUUAUUCGAUUGGAAUCUUUAUUUUGGAGAUGGCGCAUUCACUAAAAAACCAAGAUAGAUAAUUAAUUAAUGGCCUAUUGAACCAAUCGACGAAUUCGAAGGAGUAAUCUCUGCACUCUUAUCAAAUAAAGGUUUAAAUUCUAUGAAAGUAAUAAGACCUGAAAAAAAGGAAGAUGAAGAAAUUGUUUUUAAAAAUAAUUUCCCUAAAUCUGGAACUAUUUCUGGAAAUCCAAUUCCUCGUUCUGGUCAAACAUAAGUUGAUACUAAAUAGCAAAAGCCAACAUCUUAAACUAUUGUUAAAUAACCUUAAUCAGGAUAGCUUAAUACUGAACAAUAAUAAUAAUUAUAAUAAGCUAGAAAACCAUUAUCUGGAAUAGCAGAUCCAAAAUGA